AUGACAUCCAUGCCUUCGCCUGUACUCGGGCAGGAUGCUUGGCCAGCAGAUCGCGAAGACAUCCGGUCCCAGGCCCAGGAGGGAGGCCAUGGACAGGAGCAAGCGCCAGGCACGGAUAGCCCCAAGCAGCCACCCUCCGACCCCUACUACAGCGAAAUGGACAUUGAGAAGCUGGGUCGAGCUCGCCCCGAAGCAUUCAGCAAUGCCUGGUCGGAGGUGGCGUUUUGCUUUUCCAUCGUCAUGUCGCAAGUUCUUGCAGAAUACUUCAUUUCGGGAUUCAAUGUCAUUAUCCCCACCCUGGUCGAGGAGUUCGAUAUACCCGACGCGAUGGCCGUGUGGCCCGCCAGUGCGUUCUCGUUGGUAAUUGCUUCUGUCUUGCUGUUCUUUGGUCGCCUGGGUGACAUGAUUGGCGGUUUCCCGGUCUAUGUGGGCGGCAUGGCUUGGUUGUGCGUCUGGUCUCUGAUCGCCGGAUUCUCGAAGAACCGCUUGAUGCUCAUCUUCUGUCGAGCACUGCAAGGGUUGGGCCCUGCGGCGUAUCUUCCAACGAGCCUGAUGCUGCUGGCCAACGUCUACCGGCCGGGGCCACGGAAGAACUUGGUAUUCAGCAUCUACGGAACCUGCGCGGUCAUCGGGAUUCUUCGCAGUGCACAUGCGGCUAACGGGUGGAAGACGCCGUACAUUUAUGUCUGCUUCAUCCUGGGUUUCCUGUUCCUUGGAGCCGCGCUUUACGUGGAAGGUUGGGUUGCCGACCAUCCACUGCUUCCUUUUGACCUGUUCAAGGUGCCACACAUGACGCCAUUGGUCAUCAUGCUUCUCUUUUUUUAUGGCUCCUUUGGUGUGUUCUUGCUCUAUGGGACAUUAUACAUGGUCCAUAUCAUGGGAGCAUCCCCUAUGCAGGUGGUCGCAUGGUGCAUUCCCAUGGUCGUGGGCGGAUUCAUCUUCCCCCUUGCCGUUGGAAUUUUCCUCCAUCUCGUCUCAGGAACCGUCCUCCUCGCCUUCUCCACCCUGGCCUGGAUCGGCUCCGGCCUGCUUUUCGCGCUCAUGCCCGUUGGCGCAUCGUACUGGGCCUUUGCGUUUCCCGCCAUGAUCUGCGCCACCAUGGGGAUCGAUGUGACCUUCAACAUCACCAACAUUUUCAUCACGACGAAGCAGCCCAGCGAUCGGCAGGGCCUGGCGGGAGCGCUGAUCAACUCGGUGCUGCACCUGAGCAUUGCGUUCUUCCUUGGCUUCGCGGACCUUGCGCAGGUGGAGACGGACUAUCUGGGCCGGAGGAAAAGUUACCAGGUGGUGUUCUGGUACCAGGUUGGGUGCUCGGUGGUGGCGUUUGCGAUCAUGGUGCUGUUGGUGCGUGUGUCGCGGGCAAAGAGCGAGUUGACGAUGGAUGAACGGCGGCAGCUGGAGAUGGAGCAGCGGUCAUCGGGCUGA